ACCGGGGCGGGGCCGAGGCGCUGCCGGGCGGAGGGAGACGUGUAUAUAAGGGCGGCAGUGCUGCGGCCGGGCCCUCUUUUGAGGCCUCGGGAGCGCCAUGACCAAGAAGCGCCGCAACAACGGGCGGGCCAAGAAGGGCCGCGGGCACGUGCAGCCCAUCCGGUGCACGAACUGCGCCCGCUGCGUGCCCAAGGACAAGGCCAUCAAGAAGUUCGUCAUCCGGAACAUCGUGGAGGCCGCGGCCGUCAGGGACAUCUCGGAGGCCAGCGUGUUUGACUCCUAUGUGCUGCCCAAGCUCUAUGUGAAGCUCCAUUACUGCGUGAGCUGUGCCAUCCACAGCAAAGUGGUGCGGAACCGCUCCCGGGAGGCGCGCAAGGACCGGACCCCCCCGCCCCGCUUCCGCCCCGCGGGUGCUGCCCCCCGGCCCCCCCCGAAGCCCAUGUGAGGAGACGCCGCUGGAGCCCGACCCUGAUUGUGGGAUCAAUAAAGGAGCUUGCUCCGA